AUGCUCAUCUUCAACACACUUUCAUCGUUGCAGACGCUCCACGUCAAAUCAGCCAACGUGUUCAAGGGCGAUGAGUUCUACGGACUCUUGGACAGUGGGCCAGCUGGCGGCAAAAGUGUGCAGAUGAUUGCUGACAACGAAGCCCAUUCCGCGCGACGUAAGCUGCUGGACAAAGCCAUCCCCCCGCGAGAGCAAGUGUUCCGCGACAUCGAUGAGCUGUCCCAGCGCCUUGUAUCUAUCACGGAGAAAGAAGCAAACGCUCAUGGUGGUGUGGUGGAUGUUGCAACUGCGACUUCAUGGUACAGCUUCGACGUCAUUAGCACCAUAGCGUUUGGGCAGUCAUUCGACAUGCUGCGCACCCAUGAUUGGCGAUGGCUGCCUCUUUGUCUUCAGGAGAUGAGCGCAUUCCUAUACGCUGCUGGGUACGCCGGUGGUCAAACCCUGCUUCUGAAGUUCUUCCAGUGGCUUCUACGAACCAACUGGCCUUCCCGCCUCCGGUGGACUACAGCCAUCCAAGCUCAGAAGUACGCAGAUCUUGCGGCCGAUCGUGUUCUCGACCGAGGCAGUCGCAUGAAGUCUCAGGGAGAUGUGACCGACUCCAGCCGCAAGGACAUCUUCGGAUACCUUAUGCAGGCCAAAGUUCACAACAGUGCAGACUUGACAUCAGAGAGCUCUCUGCUGAUCGCCGCCGGAAGCGACGCGGUGCGGUUUUCUAUUGCAGCGACAGUAUUCUACCUGCUGCGAAAUUCUGAGGCAAAGGCAAAGGCAGUAGCGGAAGUCCGGUCACUCGAUCUGGGCUCCAAUGGCCUCAGCGAGUCCAAGGUGGCCUCCCUGAAGUACCUCCGCGCCUGUAUUGAUGAGGCUAUGCGUCUCAGUCCUCCGAAGGCAGGCAGUAUCCCCAGGGAAACAGCGGCAGGGGGGAUAGUUAUCGACGGGUGGGCGGUUCCGGAGGGGAUGAGCGUUGCGACGUCGACAUACACUCUGCACCGUGAUCCAGACAUAUACAAGCAGCCGUACGAAUACAGGCCUGAGCGAUGGCUGGAAAGACCCCACGACCCACGACUUUAUGCUGCAUUCACUCCCUUUAUAAAGGGCCCGCGGGCCUGCCCUGGCAAGGCUGUCGCUUAUGUUGCCAUGCAGACGGCUUUAUUGCAUCUGUUGCGAGAGUUCGAUAUCGAUGGCGCAGGUGAAAUGAGUGAAGAGGUAGCUGGUUCCGAACAUGCCGCAGCGUCGCGAGGUCGGCGGAGCGAUUACCCUUUCAACGAUUGGAUCAUAGGGUAUACGAAGGGACCGUUUGCCAGAGUAACGAGGAUUUCGAAAUCAGCUUGA